UCAGACACAGCGGCGCAUGUGUGAAGCUACGUCACUAAACAUGGCGGCACAAGCAACAUUUUUGAAAAGAUAUUGGCAAAUUUAACAGUUUUUCGGCGUUUGUGGUCACGCUAGGCGGCACAGUUGGUGUGUAUUUACGCUUUAGUGUACACAGAAUUUUUUCCAUGUAAGUUGGACCGGUUUUAGGGAAGUUAAACGCCUAAAAACAACAGAAAUCGACCAAGUUGCACUCGCCAAAAUCUCGUCAUGGAGAAGUUGCUGAGCAACGCGUAAACUUGUGCCAAAAAUGAGUUCCCCAAUGUCGUCCCUCGGCCGGGGGAAGAAACCUCCGCUGCAGGGAGGGAGACCAGGACAGAGACCUGUACCUUUCAGACAUCCAGAAUACACCAAUGAUGAGGAGUCGAUGUUGCAGGAGAUUUUUGGAGACUCCCCCUCCUCCAGCCUGGGGAACUCCCCCAAGACUCGCAGCCCCUUCGCCUCUGUAGGAGCCAGCCCCAGGCACAGUCCCAAAGGAGGCAAAAACACACCUGGACCAGGCCCCACAGACCAUGAGCUGAUGUCCACCAUGAUGAAGAGAAUCGCCCAGCUGGAGAGCCGAGUCACGCACUACAGCAAGGAGGUCAUCGAGAAGGACAAGAAAAUCAAAGUCUUGGAGGAGAAAACCAAACUUCUCACCAAAGCACAAGAUGCCAGUAAGGACAGCCCGAGUCGUGUACAGGAGCUGGAGAGGAAAUGUUUACUCCUGCAGCAGCAGGUGUACGAGAUGGAGACGUUCCUGGCAGACUACGGGAUGGUGUGGGUGGGUGAGGAGACCCGGCCGGACUCCAGCGUGUAUGUGGAGCUGGGGGGAGAGCUGGAGGAGGAUGGGGAGGAGGAGCAGGCUGGACCAGAGGGGAGGAUAGAUCAAACCACAGUCGGCACUAACACCAUGUGGAAACCUGCUGCGUCCUACCGAACUGGGACAUCUGUGGUGUCUUCAUCCGACUUUAAGGUGGACUUCAACACCCUUAUAGAGAACCUUAAGGACCUGAAUGUGCUAGCAGGGGAAGGGGAGCAGAAAAUUGUCAAGACUUCAGAAGGAGCCACACUGCAGAGAGCAGACCCCAUCCCCCUGACCCUGUAUGCAAACGGCAUCUUCAUGUUCAACGGACCAUUCAGACCCAUGUCUGAGCCUUCCACACAGCUGUUUCUACAAGACAUCAUGGACGGUUACUUCCCCUCAGAACUCCAGACCAGGUUCCCAGAUGGGGUGCCUUUCACUGUUUCAGACAAAAGAGACACGAUGUUCAAGGACAGGAGAUGGAAGGAGGAGUUCCCAGGGUCGGGUCACGUGUUGGGCGGGAACACCAAACCCUCCCGUCUGUUGCCUAGCAACCUGGAGAACAGGCAGGAGGGGCACAGCUGGGGGAGCGAUGCUGGGCUGAGGGAGACAAGCGAGGCACCGGUCCCAAUGAUGAGUGUUGACCAGUUCCUGAACAAGGUGCCUUCCUCCGUCAUUAAAGGAGGCAGGGUUAUCGACAUCAGGGCAUCUCUAGGAGAAACACUUAAGGGCGGCAAUGGUGACAGGUCCAGUGUGACAGUGAUUGACACUCCUGUUGCCAAGGAGAUGAAGGAAAGGUUAGAGAAAUCGGAGGCAGAACGACCUCCCUCUGCCAGGGACGUCACCACCUUGAGAAUCAAGGCAGGGGAACAGAACUUCAUCUUAAAGAUGCGAUUCUCAGACACGAUAGGGGACGUACGACGUCAGUUAGAACACUACAGACCUGCUGGAUCAGGGGAGUAUGAACUGCUGACCACCUUCCCUAACAAGGUUUACAGGGACAACACCGCCACUCUACACUCCUGUGGGCUCACUCCUAAUGCUGCAUUACACAUCAGGACCAGGAAAACAUAGACUCAUUCUUAGACAUUAGACAUGUAGAUAGAAUAGUCUGGCUUUGUCUGUCUUUACUACUGUCCACUAUGUGCCCUAGUAAAUGUAACCAUUGGGAUUUUACAAUAUUCAC